CCAGCCUCUGACCUGAUUUCCCGGCGUCCAUUAAUAACGUAAAUGCUUUAAUAAUCCACCAGAAGACAACAAUGGAUUUGCAGUUUGUAUUUUAAAGGACAUAAAGCGCUUCUGUGGGUUUUUACCAACCACAUCAACGUUGCGAUGCCUCGGAUGUUUGUACAGUGUUGAGCGAGCUAACGCUACCACACAGUUUAACCGGCAAACUUGUCAACAAAACUCUUAAGACACUAAUGGAGAAUGACGGCGAAGUCUCCUCUGAGGUUCAGACUGUUUCCUCUGAUGAACCGAGACGACCAAACCCAGAGCUGAGGAAACUGUUGGUUUUUAAAGUUUACAAGAGGAGGUGGUUUGUCCUGCUGGUGCUGUGUUUGUUAAACUGCUCCAACGCAACGAUAUGGCUGACCUUUGCACCAAUAGCGGACCAGUCUGCCCAGUACCUGAAGGUCUCUCUGGAAGAAGUCAACUGGUUGUCAGUGAUCUACAUGGUGGUGGCCAUACCAGUCAGCUUUGGGACCACGUGGAUGCUGGACACUCUGGGGCUACGGGUCACGUUGAUCCUGGGCUCCGGCCUGAACAUGUUUGGAGCCCUGCUGCGCUUCCUUGGCACGCCACAGGGCACGGCGGCUGAAGUCCGUUACAUAUUAGUGAUGCUGGGUCAGACUCUCGGUGCCCUGGCUCAGCCCCUCAUCAUUUUCACCCCCACCAAGCUGGCAGCUCUCUGGUUCCCCGACCAUCAGCGGGCCACAGCGAACACCAUCGCCUCCAUGUCCAAUCCUCUGGGCAUCCUUCUCGCCAACAUCAUCUCUCCUCUGAUGGUUCCAACAUCUGCACAAAUCCCUGUCCUGCUACUUGCCUAUGCAAUCCCGGCAUGUAUCAUCUGUUUCCUAGCAACAGUGGGGAUACGGAGCAGCACCCCACCAACGCCACCGUCAGCUAGCGCCGAGUCCUCGAGCUGUGAGCCGUUCGUACAGGGGAUCAAACUGUUACUGAAGAACAAAGCCUACCUCAUCCUGCUGCUCUGCUUCGGCUCGGGCAUCGCCGUCUUCACCUGCUUCUCCACGCUGCUGGAGCAGAUCCUGUGUGUGCAGGGAUACACCAACGACUUUGCCGGCCUGUGCGGCGCUCUCUUCAUCGUGUUCGGCAUCGUGGGCGCCGGCGCUCUUGGACUCUAUGUCGACAAGACCAAGAAGUUCAUCGAAGCCACAAAGAUCAACAUGAGCUUCUCCGCUCUGGCGUGCAUCGCCUUCUCCGUGGUGUCUCUGAUGCCGCAGCAGAAAGCCGCCGUGGCAGCCGCCUGCUCCCUCUUCGGCUUAUUCGGUUUCUCCAUUUACCCGGUGGCCAUGGAGCUUUCUGUGGAGUGUUCGUACCCGGUGGGAGAGGCCACGUCAGCCGGGCUCAUCUUCGUAUCAGGGCAGGUUCAGUCUGUUCUCUACAUAAUCAUCCUCCAGGCUUUGACCAAACGUCUCGCCGACGCACCUCUGUCGACCUGCGGGGACGCCAUCCUGAGCUGGAGAGUGCCGACGCUGGUGAUGGCCGGACUGUGCAGCGUCUUCACCUGCUGCUUCAUCAUCUUCUUCCACACCAGGUACAGACGACUGGAGGCCGAAGAGGAAGCGAUGUACGUGACCCCCCAAAUCAACGAUUCAGCGACCGGCGACGACGCUCCGAGUGUGGACACGUAAACCUGAAGCGAUAGAGAAACAGAGGGGAUUAUGGGUGUUAUCACAACUACAGUUUGUUUUCUUUGGGAUGAAACAGAGUAGAAAAGUUUAUUUUGGUAACCUCAGCUUAAUGAG